AUGCCAUCUGUAACAGAUCUUCAACAACAAUCGUCGAAAAUCUCAUCAAAUAAUAAUGGAAAAUCAACACCACCACCACAGCAGCAGCAGCAACAACAACAACAACAACAAAUGAGUUCAGCAUCAACGGGAAAUACAACUGAUACAAUGAAUGCCGAUCCAAUAACUCAAGUUAUUCUUAUGUUGGAAAAAAAACAACGAAAUUUAGGCAAAAGAAAAGAAAAACUUGAAAGUUAUGAAGAAGAAGCAAAAACUGGUAAAGAACUUAAUAAAGAUCAAAAAGAAGCAUUGGCUAAAUAUGGUGAAGUUCUUGGUCAAAUUGAAUGUGUCAAAGAUAUUUCUGAACAAUUAAAAAAAAUACAAACUGAGUCAGCUAGAAAUCAAAAACGUCUUGCUAAACAAGCAGCUGAAGAAAAACGAUUAUUAGUAGCUCAACGUCUUCGUGAAUAUGCUCAGCUUCGAUAUUUACUUGACCAUCGACCAUCAUCAUUAAAACCCGACGAAUCAUCAUUAUUAGAUGAACUUGUUCGUGUUGUUAUUCCAUCUGAUGUAUCAUUAAAUACAAUAACUCGUUCUAUUGAUACCGUAUUAUCUAUUUAUCAAGGUGGUUCAUCAUCAAUUAAACAUUUAACUGGUCGAACAUCACAAGAAUCACGAGAUAUACUUGAACAAUUAAUUAAACAAUGUGAAGUAUCAUCAUCAUCAUCAUCAUCUUCAAUUGAUACAUCAACAAAUCAACAAACACAAAUAAAUGAAAUAGUCAAACAAACACCUAUUAUUAUUGAAACUCCAUCAAUAACAUCUGAUUCUGUACUUUCUCAACGAGAACAAAAUAAACAACAAAAUGAUAAUAAUGAUGUAAUUGGUUCAUCAUUAAGUCAUACUCAUUUAAUUCAAACAAAUUCAAAUGAAUAUCCAUUACAAUUUGACACACGAAAUCAAAAUAUUCCACUUCAACAAAUAAUUGAAGAUAGUCCGUUUUUUUCUCUUGAUUCAACAACAACAAAUAUUAAUCAACAAGUUAAACAAGAAUUAUCAAAUAAUCAAGAUAAUACUCAAAUUCAAACAAAUGAUUCGAAACAAAAUUUAACACCAUUUACAAUUAUUAAUUCAAAUUUGACUGGUCAAACUGCUUCUCAAGGAUAUACACAAACAACAAUAGCAAGUCAACAACAACAACAACAAGGAAAUAAUUAUGAUCAAGAAAGUUCAUCAAAUGUUGUUAGUUCAAGUAAUGUUCCAACUGAUGAACAACAAUCAGAAGGACAAUGGCAACAUGCUCGUGGUAAUAUACAUCGUGGUGGACAAUUUAAUGGAAGUCAAAAUAGAAAUUAUCAUCGAGGUCUACAACAUAAUUACAAUCAACAACAUUGGCGAGGACCACGCGGUGGUCAUUACGAUGGUUCAUAUGGCGGUGGACAACGACAUUAUAAUGAAAACAAUCGUGGCGGAGGUGGACACCGGGGUGGACCUAAUCCGAAUUACCGAGGUAAUCGUGGUGGUAAUUAUCGCGGUGGUAAUCGAGGUGGUAAUGCUAAUGGAUACCAAAAAUCGUCUCAACAUCAACAAAAUACCGAACAACAACAACAACAACAAGUUCGUUCAGCUCCACCAAGUCAACAAUAA